AAAUCUUGAAAUAAAGAGUCCUUUAAUUAAAUAUUACCUCUAAAAUAAUUAGGGGAUCCGGUGGACUAGUGGCCUGAGGGAUCAAAUACAAAUUUGGCUAGCACCGGCCGCCUCUGCCAAAACGGAGCUCGCCAAUCGCCAUGCGGUCCAGGAAGGAUUCUUCAGUCAAUGUUCCACAAGCCCAAAUUCACAAAUCAUUUCAAUUGCUGAACUGAACCAGCCCAUUCUCUCUCUCUCUCUCUCUCUCUCUCUCUCUCUCUCUCUCUGUGAUGAGACAUGGCGCUGUCGCGGCUUCGCCAUCACGUGAUCUCCCGCUCCGCUUCUCUGUUCAGGGCCCGCCUCCUAUCCUCCUCCUCCAGCUCUUCCCACAGAUCCCUCAUUAGCACUCCCCUUGUUUGUAAUUCUUUGGUCAAUGGCGAUGGUGCUGUGUUGAGGAAUGUGUCUUUAUCUUUGGUCACAGUUCAUGAUAAUUCUUCCAAUGUGAAGUUGCAAACUGGUGUCCGGCGUUUCUCGUCCGCAGAGCUUCCUUCCCACACAGUCCUUGGAAUGCCAGCUUUGUCCCCAACAAUGAGUCAAGGUAACAUCACAAAAUGGAGGAAGAAAGAAGGAGAUAAGAUAGAAGUGGGUGAUGUGUUAUGCGAAAUAGAGACGGACAAAGCUACCCUUGAGUUUGAAACUCUGGAGGAGGGAUUUUUGGCGAAGAUACUAGUACCUGAAGGUUCAAAGGAUGUGCCAGUUGGACAACCCAUUGCAAUUACGGUUGAAGAGGCAGAUGAUAUCCAAAAUGUCCCUGCAACUGUUGCUGGUGGAUCAGAAGUUAAAGAGGAAAAAUCAACUCAUCAAAAUCUCCAAAGUGAUGACAGAGUACAAGAAACGAGUUCUGUCAAGCUUAACACAUCGGAACUCCCUCCUCAUGUUGUUGUUGAAAUGCCAGCAUUAUCCCCUACAAUGAACCAGGGUAAUAUUGCAAAGUGGAGAAAAAAUGAAGGAGACAAGAUAGAAGUGGGUGAUGUGAUUUGUGAGAUAGAGACAGACAAAGCUACCCUCGAAUUUGAAUGCCUUGAAGAGGGGUACUUGGCUAAGAUACUAGCACCUGAAGGUUCAAAGGAUGUGACUGUAGGACAACCUAUUGCAGUGACAGUUGAGGAUCCAGAUGAUAUUGAUGCUGUGAAGACUGGUGUUGGUGCUACUUCAGAGGUCAAAGAGGAAAAGAGAAUGCAUCAUGAUUCUAGACAUGACAGAGUACAGAAAACCACUUUUACUAGGAUUAGUCCAUCUGCAAAGUUGCUAAUUGCGGAAUUUGGGUUAGAUGCAUCAUCAUUGAAGGCAUCAGGUCCUCGUGGCACUUUGCUGAAAGGAGAUGUGUUAGCUGCAAUAAAGUCAGGAAAGGGAUCUUCAAGAGUUUCUUCAUCUAAGGAAAAUAUACCUUCAUCAUCUCAAACCCACCCACAAACUUCUUCAGCAGCAUCACCACAGUCAAAAUCUCAUCCACAGCAGUCAGAUUCUUUUGAGGAUCUGCCCAAUAGUCAGAUUCGCAAGGUGAUAGCAAAAAGGUUGUUGGAAUCAAAACAAAACACACCGCAUUUAUACUUAUCCUCAGAUGUUACACUGGAUGCUCUUCUUUCUUUUAGGAAGGAGCUUAAAGAGCAGCAUGGUGUUAAAGUUUCGGUGAAUGACAUUGUCAUUAAAGCCGUUGCAGUUGCACUGAGAAAUGUACCUGAAGCAAAUGCUUACUGGAAUGACGAGAAGGGAGAAGUCAUUUUUUGUGAUUCUGUUGACAUAUCUGUUGCUGUUGCUACUGAGAAGGGCUUGAUGACUCCGAUAGUUAGAAACGCAGAUCAGAAGACUAUAUCAUCGAUAUCCUCAGAGGUUAAGGAACUAGCUGAAAAGGCACGAGCCGGAAAGCUGACACCUAAUGAAUUUCAGGGAGGAACUUUCAGCAUUUCAAACCUAGGAAUGUUUCCAGUGGACCAUUUUCGUGCAAUAAUAAACCCCCCACAGGCUUGUAUUCUAGCUGUCGGUAGGGGCAACAGAAUUGUUGAACCAGUUGUUGGAAGCGAUGGAAUUGAGAAACCUGCAGUAGUUACAAAAAUGAACUUAACAUUGUCUGCUGAUCAUCGUGUUUUUGAUGGCAAAGUUGGAGGUUCACUCCUCUCGGCUUUACGUCUGAACUUCAGUGAUAUUCGAAGACUUCUCUUGUAACAACUUGAAUAAUCCCUCAAUAUUAGAGAUGGGGCUUCCUAGCAAUCAACUGCAGUGUGUGGAUGUCUGAUUUUCAUUCCCAGUUGGAAAUUUUCGGAGCAUUGAGCAAUCUUCCUCGUGGGGUACCAUGGCCAUAACUCCAUGCAGUUGCUGUGCCAUCUUCUGUUACAUUAUUUUGGUUGAUUCAUGGGUUCAAGAAAUAAUACAGCAGUAAGAUUUUGACGGUCUUCUUGGAAGCUUAUGCUGUGGAUUUUGAUUUUCCUUCUAUAAAAAUAAUGUAUGAGUAAAGGCAGGGAAUAUGCCAACAAUUUUUAUUAAUCAAAUUGCUUCUCUUUGAAGAACUGCAUUUGUUGUGUUUUUGCUUAAUGAGAUCACGUCGUGUAAUUGAUAAGUGUUUUGCGUUGCCA